CCGGCGCGGGGUCGCCCGGACGGGUGGCUGUCGACACAGCCGGAGCGUUGCAGCGCUAUGUGACCACUGUCGCCCAUCGCAGCAUCCAUCAGCACGCGCUGGCCGAGCUAUCUCUGCCCUGGGUGUUGUUGCCAAUUUCAAAUUACGCUCCAUGGCUACAGCCGACCGCGUCGACUGGCAAAAGUGGAAGCAGAAUGGGUCGUCGUGGACGUCCAACAAAACGAUGAUUUCGUCCCUGACGAGGAUGCGGCACUACGAGAACCAGAAUACGCACCCCGCCAUGCUCUUCGCUGACUGCAUGGUGCUCUGUUUGUCCGUGAGCAUGACCCUCACGGCGUGUGCGACGGUGUUUCGGUGGGCGACCGUGCGAAAGAGUCCCAACCACGGCACGCUCUUCAUGAUGUUUCUCUGUCUGGGUUUGUGGUCCAUGGCGAAGCUCGUGCUCGUUCUCUUGGUCGACACGUACUCGGACUUGUGGAUCGGCCGCCAAUCGAUCAUGUAUGCCACGAUGGUGUCGGAGCUCUUCUUCAACGCGACGUCGCUCUGGUGCAUGUUUGCCACGUACGAGUUCCAGCGAUGGGUGUGGAGGCGGCGGCAACAUGCCCGCUUCGUCCUGCUUCGGUAUCACAUCGUCGUCCUUGCCGUUUGUGUUGCCCAUGCCGUGUCCCUGGUCGUCGUGGACGUGCAGAACCCGCCCAAGUACAAGGAUGGAUGGCGACGACAAAACACAACUGCGGAUGGACUUCGUUGGACCGAGAAUGGAACGAAAGUGCCGCAGCGCACGCCGUGGAAGCCGCCCCCGACGCUUGACUUGAUGGAGUAUUCGUUCUGGGCCGUCUACAGCAUUCGAUGGGCGGCAGUAUUGUACAUCGUGGUAGUCGGUGCCGUGUUUUCGCUUCGAACCGAGCGACGCCACACACAAAACCAAACCCAUGCGCGGCGUUGGAAAACCAGCCGCGUGUUUGUGCUAGUACUGCUAGUGCUCAACACGCCGUACCUGGUGUUCGAGCCGCUCUUUGAUUUUGACGUCCUUGACAAGACGACCCUCCUGCUCAUGUUUAGCUUGUCCAAAACCGCGUCGUACUUGAGUGGCGUCGGGAUGGUCAACCUCCUCGGGCUCUACCUGAUCGACUUUGACACGUUGUACACCGUCAAGGACGCGCCUGUGCCGCGGAUACCCCCCGGGUUCGUUGUGUUUGACAACAGCUUGCACGAUAAGCCGACCUUUGUCGCCACGAGGUGCUGACCUCGCUCGACUCGGUCAGGAGGUGCGGCGUCGGCAUUCGAACUGGAAUGUCAUGAGCACGAAUGGAAAAGUAUUUUAAUGCGUAUAUUUUAAAAUAUUUUAUUUUACCACAA